AUGCUUUCUGUUAGUGGAGGAAUGGAAGGGGUACAUGGAGAGGACAUCAACUCAGAUGACUGGCGAGAAAGAGGAGGCCUAGCUAGCCUUCCACUUCCUCCUGAACAAGUGGAGAAAUCAAGUACUGAGAAGGAUAUUUCUAAAUAUUCAGUUCAGAUGGGAGCAGCUCGGUUUCAGUUAACAUACAUGGGACCUUACUUAUUUCAAGAAGAAAGAAGUGAUCCAGAUCCCAGGGUGCAUCAUUUUAUACCAGACACAUGGCAGAGAGAACUUCUUGAUGUUGUAGAUAAAAAUGAAUCUGCUGUGAUUGUUGAUCCCACCUCAUCAGGGAAAACCUAUGCGUCUUACUACUGCAUGGAGAAAAUUCUGAGAGAGGGCAAUGAGGGGGUGGUUGUAUAUGUUGCUCCAACAAAGGCUCUUGUUAAUCAAGUGGUGGGAGUUGUCUGCGAUUUAUUUACCAAAGCACUGCCAGAAGGAUUAGUGGUGUGUGGAGUUUUUACAAGAGAUUACCGUCAUGAUGCCUUGAAUUGUUAGAUAUUGGUGACAGUGCCUCAGUGUUUGGAAAUACUCUUGCUAUCACCUCAUAAUGAAAAAUGGGUGAAAAGAAUGAGAUAUGUCAUAUUUGAUGAGGUUCACUGUCUUGGGGGAGAAAUUGGAGCAGAAGUUUGGGAACAUCUACUCGUUAUGAUUCGGUGUCCCUUUCUGGCACUUUCUGCUACUAUCAGUAAUCCUGAAUAUCUCACUGAGUGGUUGGUGUUAAUUAAAAGAUAUUGGCAACAUGUUGAGAGUACAUCGGAAAAUUCUGGUUCAUCACAAAAUGCCUUGAAAGCUUCGAAGAAAGAACAAAGAAAGAGAAGAGAAAAGCCAUCAUGCAGAGUUAGACUGGUGUGGUACAAAGAGCGAUACAAUGAUCUGGAAAAGUAUGUGUGUUCCCUAAAGGGUAAUGACUUUCUCAUUGAACACUAUCACCCAUGUGCUGCACUUACAGCCAAUCAUAUAGAGAAAUAUGGAAUCCCUUCAGACCUUGGAUUUUCUCCUCGGGAAAGCAUACUGCUUUAUGAUGCUAUGGUACAUGUUUGGCCAGAAUGGCCAAGAAUGCAGGAGUUAGAACCUGAAGAAUUCAGCUGCUUCAAAAAUAAAGUAGUCAUCAUGAGGGGAGAUGCCAAGAAAUAUGAAGAAGAACUGAAAAAGGAAAUGAUUCAUUGGAUUCAGCUGGACCGAAGCAAGGUAAACCUGUUACUGAAGUACCUUAAGCCUCAAACUUUUGACAGUUCAGAGAAUGAAAAGCGAAGAAUGUUUCCCUGCUUUGUGGAAAAACUUAAAGAAAUGGAUAGGCUGCCUGCAAUAUUUUUUUCAUCAUUUAAAGAAAAGUUCAAUGUAGACUUUAAUGAAGAUCUCUUACGCAGACUGAGAGGAACAAGACAAUGCUACAAACUGCACAGUCUGUUAUGGCGGGGCAUUGGAUAUCAUCAUGGUUCAAUGGAGUAUAAACAAAGACAAGUUGUAGAGAUGCUUUUCAGACUGAAGCACAUCAAGGUGGUAACAGCUACCUCGACCUUUGCUUUGGGAAUUAAUAUGCCAUGUAAAUCUGUUGUUUUUAUAGAAGAUUCUGUAGUUUUGGAUGCCUUGAGCUUUCGGCAGAUGUCUGGACGUGCGUUAAGACGUGGAGAGGAUCUUAUAGGAAAUGUUUUCUUCUAUGAUAUUCCAUUAUCUAAGAUACAAAGGCUCUUAAAGUCCAAUGUGCCCAAACUGAAGGGUCAGUUUCCUCUAAGCGUAUCCUUGGUUCUCAGACUUAUGCUGUUAGUUGCCAACGCAGAUGACAAAGAGGAUGCCAAAGCCAAGGCAUUAUCAGUUCUCCAACAUUCAUUGAUGUCCUUCAAGCGACCAAAGAUCGAGUGCAUGUUAAAAUUUUACUUUAUAUAUCCUUUGCAAUUCUUGGUCACAGAGGGAUACCUGAAUCAAGAAUGUAUUCCCGUUGGAUAUUCUGGACUUGUGUCCCAUUUGCACUACCAUGAACCUGCAAAUUUUGUUUUAGUAAGCUUGCUGGUAAAAGGCUUAUUUCACAAGUUGUGUAUUCCAACCAACGUAGAUGGCCAAAAGACAUUUUCUGAAGAUGUGAUGGAAACCUUAGUGGUGGUGUUAGCCAAUCUUUUCGGAAGAUGGCAUUUUUCUCCUUGUGUGAAGAACUUUAAAAAGAAAUUUUCUCGUUCCACGAUAGAUGCAGCUACAUCUCCUGAUGUUGGAAAUGUGGCCUUCUGUAAGAGAUGA